CUGCCAAGGUGGAGGAUCCUCACAGUUCUGUUUCUGUGACUGAUGAUUCGACAUCACGAUCCAGAGAUGAUAGUCGAAAGAAAAACAAACAUUUAAGAACUGUGUUCUUGAUUCGCAACGGCGAAGUGUACAAGUUCUUUAUCAGUAAGUCUGAAGCGGAUUCGACGCUGAGUCCUGCACGCCCGACACUGGCGGUAACGGCGCCGCCCGACGAACCGACGACAGGAGCAUCGGAUGGCCGUCCUGAUGUUAUUGUUUGUGAGAAGUCCGAGCGCCGAGUACAGCUCCGGCCGCCAUUGUCUUUCUGUUCCGGGUCAACAUCUCUCUCCGGCUCCGAAGACGCCACAUCUUUGCCCCUCGUGGCAAGCAGACCUUUCGCUGUGCUUCUUCGGCUGAGGGUAACUCAAAUAGUAGCUGGCAUUGUAACUGUCCUAUUUGGUACUGUGGCCUGCUUAGAUUCAACCACCAGGUCCACUCUAGGAUUUGGCAUUCCUGCCGGUGCCCUCACUGUACUCGCUGCUGCCCUUCACAUGCAGGCAUCCCGCCGUCAGUUCCAUGCUGCUCUUGCUGGCAGUUCGACUCUGUUUUUCGGGUCUGGUGGAUCUCGCCAGGCUCCUCUUCUACAUGUCCUUCGUCCUUUAUUGCCGACUCUAGCUUGCGUAUUAGCAUCACUUCUGUUACUAGCCCUGGCGUGCAUGGCCCUUGGUGGACAAGACAGAAACCUUGUAGCAUUAGGUAUUUUCCAAUCUAUCACUGCUCUAGUAGUGUUAUCAACAGAGGCUAUAGUAUGGGCUCUGCGAUGGCACUGGACGAUUAAGUCUCAAUACUAGAAAUACUUGAUUGUGAGAUAAAAACAGGGACAUGCUUCUUUUUAUGACUUUUAACGUUAAAGUGAAUGCAGAAGUUAUAGAAGCAUAUCUCAACAUUAAACUGAUACCAAAAAACCCACUCAACUUUAACAUGGAUACUAUAACGACACUGCACAAGUUUGGGUACUGAAAGUAACGUAAGAAUACUGAAGUUAAUGUGUGUGCAUUAGGGAUAUAAGACUUGCUCGAUUGGACGGUUUAAGUUCUCCAGAAGAGAGGCAGACUGGUAAUGUCAAUUGAUUACAAAUAAAGAGAGAGAGAGUGAAAUUACUUCAAGAUAAGAAUGUGUUCAGCAAAGACAGCCAUUGAAAUUGAACGUCUAAAAUCUUUCUCAGAACACCUACAAGAACGCUAAAUGACACUUUUACUUUAGAGCGUAUAAGUGUUUUUACUUUAGAACAUAUUAAGGUAAGUCAUUUUGUAACAGAGUGAUAAAGACAUGAAACGGAUUUGCUGAGAUAAGAUAAUAGUUUUAUGUAAGAAACAACAGUCGAAAUGGAAAAAUUCCAAACUAUCAUUUUAAUACUUACUUUAAGAAUGAUCAGUUAAGAUCAGUACAGAGAGUGGUGAUAUAUAUAUGCAUCAUAGUCGUGUAAGAUGUUUUCUUAGGUCAUCUCGCAGAAGCUGUGAUUAAUGUAAUUGUUAGGACUCCAAUAAUUCCUGAAGAGUGCAUAAUGAAAUGAUGAACACGAGCAAACGAACACAUAAAGAAGAGUGGUCAACUAACAAACCAUAAUAUAGAACAGUUCAUAAUAGUUUGCCAGGAGAAACUGAGAAAAAAACUAUACACCCAAACAUAUGAUUAUUUAAGAUGAAAUUCAGGAUUGGUCAGUCGAGACUGGUGUUUAACACGAAACAGAAGUGAUCAACUUAUAACAUUGAACAUUAGUAGUUGGUUAAAUGUUUUACUUGGAAUAGAACAGUAGAAGUGACAUCCUAUGUAUUAAAAGUGCUGUACUUGGAAUAAACACGAAGACGUUUUCUUCUAAGAAACAUUGGAAUAUGUUCUACGGCUGGUCAGUUGAGAUUUAUGUUUAACAUGAAACAGAAGUGACCAACUUAUAAUUAUAACAAUGAACAUUAAUGUUUGGUUAAAUACUCUACUCGAAAUACUCCAGUAAAAAUGAUAUUCUAAAAAUCAGUAAAAUAUUUUCCAGGAUUGAUAAUUAUCUUAUAAGUCUAGUUUUAUUCAUAACACGAUAUAGAAGUUAUAACACUGAUUACUAAUGGUUGAUGAAAAUUCUUUACUUGAAAUAUUCCUACAGAAAUCUUCUAUAAGUACAGUUUGAUAUCUUCCCGAUUUACCAAACAAGAAUUGUGUUUCAGAUGGAAUAGAAGAGAUCAACUUCUAACAUUGAACAUUAGUGAUUGAUUAAAUGAUCAGCUUGGAAUAGAUCAGUAGAAGUGAUAUUCUAUAUAUUAGAGUACCUUCUAAGAUUAUUAAGUCAAGGCCUUUACUUAACAUGAAACAGAAGAAAUCAACUUAGAACACUGAUAUCAUUGUUUGGUUAAAUGCUGUUCUUGGAAUAGGCCAGUAGAAGUGACAUUGUAAGUAUUAUUAGAAUACAGUCUAAGGGUAGUGAGUCAAGGCCUGUGUUUAACAUAAAACAGAAGAGACCGACUUAUAACAUGAACAUUAGUGGUUGGUUAAAUGUUUUACUUGGAAUGGUCCUGUUAAAGAAUUAUUAUAAUGUUUCAGGACUGGUGAAAAAAAGACUUGUGAAAACGAAGAGAUAAACCUAGAACUUUUAACAGCCAGUGAUGGUCGUUAAAGGCUGUACUUGAUCUAAUCUCCUAAAAAAAGGUUAGAUUACUUUCCACUACUGAUGAGUUGAGACUUGUGCUUAACAUGAAACUGGAGUGAAAAACUUAGAAUACUUAACGAUAGGUGGUAGUUGAUUUUUUAUUUGAAAUAAUCCCUUAGUCUGACCUUCUAAGAAUUAUUAUACUAUGUUAUAGAACUGGUGUGUCCUUAACAUGGAACAGAAGGGAUUAACUUAAAAUAUUUAACAGCAGUGAGAAAUAAAUACUGAAAUACUUGUAGAAUUGAUCGUGUAAGAAUCAUUAGAAUAUGUGUCAAAAUGGACGUAUACUUAAUACGAAAAACAAGUGAUCAAAUACGAAAAAUAAAGCAUUCUGUCCUUGGAGUUCUUAAGAUUACUUAAAAUGUAAUCAUGGAUUAAACUUGAAGUCCAGAACUAAAUUUGAAAACAAAGAAAGGUGAUUAACCGAACAGUCAAAACAAUUAACAUUAACGAUUAUAAAACGUUCCAAGCAGGUGUGAUUAAUCCCACAGAAGUAAGAAAAUUGCUCUGUUAUCUUUCGAGUAUAAUAGACGAUAACGAGGAAUACUUCUUGUGUAAAAUAUACAGAUGAAGACGCACGUUCUCUCGAGACUAACAUACGUAUCAGUUCUGGUCAUAGUGCUUACAGAAAUAUUUCUUAUGGCCCUACACGAAAACUAUUAUUCAGUAAAACAUUGCGUAUUAUUCAAAGUAACUUAGCAAGAAAGCAUCGCGGCUUUCAUGCUCCGUAUUCUCGUUGUUCAGUAUAAUUGUCACAUUACUAUAUGUUGUGAAUAUAUAAACUGACUGUAUGGAUUAUAAUAUUCCUAUUACAUACGUCUCAAUAUCACUUAUUGGCUACUUUCCAUUUUUCUCUUAGCUCUAUUUUUGAAUCAUCUAAAACAAUAUCUGUAGUUUACGAUCACAAUUAUGUUAAAAUGGUUUAAA